AUGUCCCAACCGCAACCCCAGCCCCUUCGGCAAUCCGUAAAACCAGAACUCGUAACCGUAGCCACCAAUUUCACGGAAACUACCUCAAAAAUUCUGCAACCUCCUCAGAAACUCGUCAUUUUGGCAGACCUCAACGCCAACCCUUUUGAAUCCGACGCCACCGACGCUCUCCACGUGUCACCACCUGACCUAACCAAAUUAACCGACGAAGCACAAGAUAACAAACCUAAUUUAACGUCCAAAGAAGCAGAUAACAACAACAACAACACCUUAGACGUUACUGAAGGUAAAAAACCAAGCAGUAAAUUAGGUAAAUCACGUUCACGUAACAGUAAAUCAGACAACUCUCUGGAUUACGGACCUGAUAAUGAUCCUGAUCAGCCAAGCCAAGGUCCUUCUUCCUCUCGUGAAGAGAGAGUUAGCAGUCUCAAAACGGGUUUGUUACAUGUUGCAAAGAAGAUGCCGAAGAAUGCGCAUGCGCAUUUUAUACUUGGAUUAAUGUACCAAAGAUUAAGCCAACCUCAAAAGGCCAUUUUGGCUUACGAGAAGGCUGAAGAGAUAUUACUUCGUUGCGAGGCUGAGGUAGCUCGGCCGGAGUUGCUUUCGUUAGUUCAAAUUCACCACGCGCAGUGUAUUUUGCUUGAAAAUAGUGGCGAUAAUAGUUUGGAGAAGGAACUUGAAGGAAUUGAGCUUGAGGACAUUUUGGUUAAAUUGAAGGAAUCGAUGCAAUUAGAUAUUAGACAAGCUGCUGUUUGGAAUACCUUGGGUUCUAUACUUCUUAAAUCUGGUCGUGUGCAGAGUGCUGUUUCAGUUUUGUCUGCGUUGUUGGCUGUUGAUCCUAACAACUAUGAUUGCCUUGUAAACUUGGGGAUUGCAUACCUUCAAAGUGGAAAUUUGGACCUAUCAGCAAAAUGUUUUCAAGAUUUGAUCCUUAAAGAUCAAAACCAUCCUUCUUCCCUUGUGAACUAUGCUGCUGCUCUUCUCUGUAAAUAUGGUUCAGUUGUUGCAGGUGCUGGGGCAAAUGCUGGUGAAGGUGCUUCUAUAGAUCAGGCUGAAGCUAUCAAUGUCGCAAAGGAUUGUUUACUAGCUGCACUGAAACUGGAACCAAAAGCAGCACAUAUUUGGGCUAAUCUUGCUAAUGCAUAUUACAUGAUUGGUGACCACAGAAGUGCCAGCAAGUGCUUGGAGAAGGCAGCAAAACUGGAGCCCAACUGUAUGUCUACUCGAUAUGCCGUGGCAGUCCACCGAAUAAAGGAUGCAGAGAGAUCUCAAGAUCCUAGUGAACAGCUUUCGUGGGCAGGAAAUGAAAUGGCUUCAAUUUUAAGAGAGGGAGAUUCUGUUCCAAUCGAGCUUCCCAUUGCAUGGGCUGGACUUGGCAUGGUUCACAAGGCCCAACAUGAGAUUGCUGCAGCAUUUGGAACAGAAUCAAAUGAGUUGAUGGAGGUCGAAGAGCGUGCUCUCUACAGCUUAAAGCAGGCAAUAGCUGAGGAUCCUGAUGAUGGAGUUCAGUGGCACCAACUCGGUCUGCAUUAUCUCUGUUCCCGACAAUUUAAACCAGCAGAAAAGUAUCUCAAGGUUGCAGCUGCCCGCUCUAGAGAAUGCAGCUAUGUGUGGUCAAAUCUUGGAGUUGGGCUUACACUUUUAUGGUUAUUAGGUAUCUCACUACAAUUAUCGGAAGAACCCUCACAAGCUGAAGAUGUCUAUAAGCAGGCGUUGGCACGGGCAACUCCUGAACAAGCACAUGCAGUAUUCUCCAACCUAGGAAAUCUCUACCGGCAGCAAAAGCAAUAUGACCGUGCUAAGGCAAUGUUUACAAAGGCUCUUGAACUCCAGCCUGGCUAUGCUCCUGCAUUUAACAAUCUUGGUCUGGUAUUUGUAGCUCAGGGUCGGUGGGAGGAGGCCAAGUACUGUUUCAACAGAGCCCUCGAAGCAGACUCUUUACUGGAUGCGGCCAAGUCCAAUAUGAUUAAAGCAGAGUCCUUGUCUAGAUUGUGUGCAGGUUUGUCUUCGUGUCGCUGUCAGGAUUAG